UUCGGCAUCACACUCGAGCGAGGGGCGCACAUCCUUCACGGAUGAACCGACUUCGAGUGCAGCUUUGUCAUCCUCGGUUUGGUCGGCCCGUGCCCCAGCGAACUAUGGCGACAGAAGCAGAACGAGCCAAUGCCGCUGUCGAGCCCAAGGGCUACGAGCCCACGAUUUUUGACAAGAUCAUCCGCCGCGAAAUCCCUGCAUCUGUCGUGUUUGAGAACGACAAAGUUCUGGCCUUUCGCGACAUUGCGCCGCAAGCUCCCGUGCAUGUAAUUGUAAUUCCGAAAGUUCGCGACGGCCUCACGCGUAUUGCCAACGCGGAGGAGCGCCACAAGGAAAUCCUUGGCGAAUUGCUCUACUCGGCUUCCGUCGUUGCCAAGAACGAACAGCUCGACGAAGGCUACCGCAUCGUCAUCAACGACGGGCCACGCGGACUCCAAUCCGUAUACCAUCUCCAUUUGCACAUCCUCGGCGGCCGCACGCUCAGCUGGCCGCCCGGUUGACCUCGUCCAUGCCACAGGCACACUGAUAUAAUGCAGAGUCUUGUGGUGUUUUUA